GCUAUCUGCCUCUUUAAGAGCAAUUUCCUCCUAUUGUCAAAUAGUCGUGAGCAGGAAGAGGGAAACGAAACCAGAAACCGAGGGGGCAGGGCCAUUUAAAAAUACCUGAUGUAGUCUACAAUAACGGGGACAGCUUUUCCUUUCUCAGAAGGACGCAACGCAGGGGAUCACAAGGAAGGGAUGUAAAGCGCGCCUCUAACCAGCCUUGUGGUAACUGCCUUUCCGAGUGGAUAGACUCCUCGCCACAGCACACAACUGUCCAAUGCGGGGAAAUUAGUUUAUGGCAGGCAAUUAAUUAUCACACCGAGCUUGACUACCAGCGCGUUUACAGUAGCGUAGCCUUCUAUAUUAUAGCGGAUUGGAGAUUAAAACUGCGCACUGUGCGCAGCGGUAAUGGAUUGUGAACAUCUACGGAUUUUUAGAGGCGACGGAGUGAUGGCAUUCAGUGGCUGGUGAAUCGUAGUGGCUGGACAGGUGCUUCCUUUCAUGUUCCCUAAACGCAUGGCACACUUCAGGACAGGCUCCGUUAUGUCAUGCCGCAAUUUUAACUGCUGAAAUAAAAAAAAAGAUGCGCGGACGAGAGGAAGAGAGUGUUCUCUGAGUGUGAAACACAAUUUGGAGAAAACCUGGAUGUUGUGGAGGAUACGUUUCGGAAUGGCAUCUACAAUUGAAAGAAAGACACUGGAGUCAAACGAGGAGCCGGUGGACGAGGUGCUGCAGAUGCCUCCGUCGCUGCUGACGUGCGGGGGGUGCCAGCAGAGCAUUGGCGACCGCUUCUUCCUGAAGGCCAUAGAGCAGUACUGGCACGAGGACUGCCUGAGCUGCGACCUGUGCGGCUGCCGUCUGGGGGAGGUGGGCCGCCGCCUCUACUACAAGCUGGGACGCAAGCUGUGUCGCAGAGACUACCUGAGGCUGUUUGGCCAGGACGGGCUGUGUGCAGCUUGCGAUAAGCGGAUCCGAGCCUUCGAGAUGACCAUGCGGGUGCGGGACAAGGUGUACCACCUGGAGUGCUUCAAGUGUGCCGCCUGCCAGAAGCAUUUCUGCGUGGGAGACCGCUACCUGCUCAUCAACUCGGACAUUGUUUGCGAGCAGGACAUUUUCCAGUGGACUAAACUCAACAGUGAUAUGUAGCGAAGAA